GCAUGCGUCGGAUCUGAAGAGCGUCUGGUCUGGUCGCGGACUUCUGCGCUCUUCUGAUCCAUCGACUUGCUUGGAUAUCUGUUAUCUCGCGAUACUUGGGCACACCAACAGUUUUGCAUGUCGAGCGAAUCAUGGUAACAGCAUGCGUGUAGAUUUAGGCAAAUUACAUUCUAAAACAAACGCCCGGAUCCAUAUGGUUAUAUUGGAGGAUUUCGGAAGGAAAUACACAUUGGUGGAUAUUCCAAAAGCACGACAAAGGUUCCUAUCGCACCGUCUGCAAACUUUUGGAAACUUGUGUUGGUUGCACGACUCCCACUAGCAGGCAGCCACCUUACGCCAGGGAAAGCAGAAGUCAACUCAGUGAGUGGUUCUGCAGGAAUGUCGCAGAAAGAGAGACCCAUAUUCUACCGGCAGGAGGUCAACAAGACCAUCUGGGAGGUUCCGGAGCGCUACAAGUCUCUGCUUCCAGUCGGUUCUGGAGCAUACGGAUCUGUGUGUUCCUCAUUCGACGAGAAGACAUGUCGGAAGAUUGCAGUGAAGAAGCUGUCGAGGCCCUUCCAGUCCAUCAUCCAUGCCAAGAGGACAUACAGAGAACUGCGGCUGCUGAAGCACAUGAACCAUGAAAAUGUGAUCUGUCUUCUCGAUGUCUUCACCCCCGCCACCAGCCUGAAGGAGUUCAACGAAGUGUAUUUUGUGACCCACCUGAUGGGGGCCGACCUCAACAACAUAGUGAAAUGUCAGAAGCUCACAGACGACCAUGUACAGUUCCUCAUCUACCAGAUACUACGAGGUUUGAAGUAUAUCCACUCAGCGGACAUCAUUCACAGAGAUCUCAAACCCAGUAACCUGGCUGUGAAUGAGGACUGUGAACUAAAGAUCCUGGACUUUGGUUUGGCGAGGCACACCGACGAUGAAAUGACGGGCUAUGUGGCCACGCGUUGGUACCGAGCCCCGGAGAUCAUGCUGAACUGGAUGCACUACAACAUGACCGUGGACAUUUGGUCUGUGGGUUGCAUCAUGGCGGAGCUCCUCACAGGAAGAACCCUGUUCCCUGGUACAGACCAUAUAAACCAGCUUCAGCAGAUAAUGCGACUCACGGGGACGCCCCCAGCAUCUCUAAUAAGCAGGAUGCCCAGCCAUGAGGCCAGGAACUACAUCAACUCAUUGCCGCAGAUGGCCAAGAGGAACUUUGCUGAUGUGUUUAUCGGUGCCAACCCCCAAGCUGUGGAUCUGCUUGAGAAGAUGCUGGUUCUGGACACGGACAAACGGCUCACUGCGGCCGAAGCUCUGGUCCAUCCCUACUUUGCCCAGUACCACGACCCCGACGAUGAGCCCAAUGCCGAGCCCUACGACCAGAGCUUUGAGAGCCGGGAGCUGGAGAUCAAGGAGUGGAAACGGCUUACCUAUGAGGAGAUGAUGAAUUUUGACCCCCCUACUGAAGAAGACGUCAUGGAAUCGUGAGCACUGUCCUAACCCAUCGACCAGGGCAUCCAGCAGCUUAAUACUGACUCCAAUAUCUUAUCAGAGUGCCUGCAACCCUUCAGCCAAUCACUUUUAAUCAGAGAAAACAUUCACUACUGUUGGUUUUGUUUUUUAUUAGAGGGAACGCAAUCAAAAGUGGAGAUGGCAAGAGACGUCAUGCUUUUCUAUGAACCACUAGUGCUCUUGGUGUAUUGCUGGGAAAUGUCCUCCAUCAAAUUUUCUUUUCCUUUUUCCUGUAGCUUCAAUAGUUGUAUAUCGGUCUCAAGUUGUAUACAGACUUGUACGACUCACCACUGUGACACUCAGAGAAUGAGAUGCUGAAACGUCCUGAAAUAUAGCUGUGCUAUUGCGUGUGUUUUAAAGAUGUAGGAAUGAAUAACUUAUAUUUAGCUUUUACCUUCUUUAUAAUUAAAAAUAGAAUACUGUAUUCAGUCUUUCACUCUGCCAAGGUGCGCACACACACACACACACACACACACACACACACACACACACACACACCCAAAUGAAUGUCUGUUAGAUUUCUAUUUUAGGCCCUGUCCUUAAUUCUGUACAUUGAUGAGGAAAUUUGCAGUUGUGGGAACACGUCGCAGCCAAUAAGAAUGUCUGUUCUCCAUAAGUAUUUUCAUUUUCCAUUGUCCAUAGCUAUACAUUCUGUGGUUGCUUCAGGUCUCCAGUUACAUUUUUCUUAAACUAGGUAACAAGAAAUAAAUCUUAUUUAAUCCAUAAGAAAUAAUCAAACCCCUUGUUCAAGAACCACACAUGAUUAUAUGACACAAGAAAAAGUGUCACAUCUACUCAAAUGUGUAAAUAGCAUUUUCUUAUGUCACGAUUCACGAAGCAAUCACUAUCUUUGUGUUUGUGUGUAUGAAUGCAAGGGUGUGAUGUUUGUUUACAGGAAUUUGAAGUGUCCAGCUAAAACUAAUAGAAUUACACAUGAAAUAAGGGAUUUAGAUGUAUUUAUACAUUGUUGAGGUGGUAUUUAUGAACAGCAAUCAAAAAACCCCAGUAAACUAUUUUUAGUUCAGCAGAGUUGCUAUAAUUCUACAUUUGUUUAUCAAAAAUAAAAACUUGUUUU